AUGCAAGAAAUUUCUGGAAUACUGACGUCAUUGAAUGAAAGAUUCACUAAUUUUGUGGAAAAUGCACCACGACCAAAUAACAACACUGAAAGCAUCCAGUCAGACGACGACGAUGAUGAAGGAAAUUCGUCAGAUGAUAAUUAUUCCGUCCAAGACGGGGUACAUCCGGUAAGAAACACGGAUGUAAACAAUGACCCAAAAUUGAAAAAGCUUCUAGAUUUCUCCGCGAAAGUUGAUGGGAAAAAAGAAUGUGGCCACGGCCCUCCAGUAAACGAGACAUUAGCCACGGCAGUACAAAAUUCAAUAAAUGUGAACUUUGACCAAGAAAAGGGAAAGAAAUUGGCGGAUGCAAUAGACUAUCCGGAAAACUGUUCACUUUUAGCUCCCCCGAAGGUGAAUCAAGAAAUAUGGCAUGAUUCGUUUAUAUCAAAGCCUCUACUUAUACAGGACUGUGGACUGCAGAAUAUCCAACUUUUCAUUGGGAAAGCAAUGGUACCAAUGAUAAAUAUGAUGGAUUCUAUGCUGGAAAGUGACUCGCACGAAAGUACCAAAUGGUUUAAUCAAGCCUUUGAGGCAGUGGAGCUCCUGACAUUUGCACAUAGAGACUUGACAAAUAAUCGUAGAAAAUUAUUAAAACCAGCACUAAAGCCAGAGUUUGGAAAGUUUUGUGCACCUAAAACACCAGUUACCAAUCAUCUCUUCGGGGAUAACCUCUCAGAGCGGGUAAAAUCGAUCACUGACAUGAAAAAGUUGGGGAAAGACAUUGCCAAAUUUGAGAAGAAACUGGGCAAGAAACGAACAUAUGGCGUAAAGGAAUUGCCGAGAAAUACAUAUUCAUCGAGCAACACCACCUACAAUCAUAAUCAGUCACAGGGGCAACCACCAGUCAAGCGCCAAUACACCAAUAAGCAUUAUCAUGUGGCCAAUGAUUUUUUAUCCAGACAGGGCCUGUCUCACAGGGACAAGCAAAAACCCCAGGGACAGGGCCAGUACCAGAAGAACAAGAAGUGAAUUUUGAUCGCAGCAGUUCUCCAGAAAAUAGACCGGGAAGAAGCAACAGCAGUUUUAAUUGCACCAGUGUUCACAACUCAGGUUUGGUUUCCGCGAUUACUUAAAAUAAUAUGCAAGCCAAGCUACCUACUACCACUGACAAAUCAUACAUUGGUCAACACGAAGAUUCCAGAAAAACAACAUACGCUGAAACACAUGAAACUGGGUGCUUUCCUGAUAUCAGGAAAAAACUCCUUAGUGAUGGACUAUCAGAAGACGUUAUCGACCUGCUCCUUGCUUCAUGGAAAACAUCAACAUCUACACAAUAUUUUUCGUAUUACAAAAAAUGGGUACUCUUUUGUCGUGAAAGGAAAACUGAUAAAUUUAACCCACUUAUAAAAGAAGUCUUGUGUUUCCUGAAAGAGCUGCAUGACAAUGGAUUACAAUAUAGUGGUCUAAAUAUAGCAAGGUCAGCAAUUUAAAGUUUACUAGAGUUAACAAGUGAUAUUCAGGUAGGAAAGCAUCAUCUAGUUAAAAGAUUGUUGAAAGCAUUGUUCUUAAAAGCACCAUCAUUACCUAGGUAUAAAAAUACUUGGGAUGUUCAAAAAGUACUAAAAUACAUUGUUUCACUAGGGAAAAAUGAGAACUUAGACUUGAUGUCUUUAUCAUGCAAGUUGGCACUUCUUA